AUGUCGGACAAACCACCUGGCAAGAAACCACCUUCCAAGAAGAAUCCGUAUGUCAAGAAGAAGACCAGCCAGCGUCCUUUGGCCCGUAUGAGUACGGCUGGCCGCAUGGAAGACAAGAUGAAAGAGCAUCAGAAAAAGUACCAGAUGAACCAGUCACGUUAUGCCUCAUCGUCCAGUUCAAGUUCAACAACCACUGGCUCUGCUUCUGCUUCCAGCAAUCGUCGAUCCAACAGUGGUGGUGUUCAGCGUAAGAUCCCGGCUCGUUACCCUCCCAACAUACGCCCCUUGACUCUGCAUACUCUUUUGACGAAGAUUGACACUUCUGUUAGCGAGGACGAGGUGUUGACCAGUCCCGCAAUGUCUCCUCGUGGAUCUGGUCCACCUGCUGGACCCUCCGUUCGAGAUGCCAUUCAAACUGAUAUCAAGGAACUUGGGCCUUCCACCGAUGACAAGGAAGAAGAAGAGCGCGACGAGUUCCCCUUGUGCAAGGAAGAAAAAGAGCUCCUUCGCUUGGAGGAUGAGGUGUCUGUUGCAUUGAUGUGUCUUGCCAAUGGUGACUUUGUUGGAGGUAAGGUUGUUACCUGUGAUCCCAGUUUCUUGUCUUCUCCCAUGAAAACAGUCUUCUGUUUUGAGUGGUGGCAGCGUCCUCCCAAGCCACAUGAGUGGUGGCGCAUUCCUCGUAGCAGUGGCACUGGCCAAGACAAAGAUGACGAUGGUGGUGGCAAGGCCCCUGCUCGUGGUAGCAAGACCCCUGGUCGCAAGACCCCUGGUCGUCGCCCUCUAGACAAGAAAAAGAAGAGCAUGACUCCUAAGAAACGAGGCACCCCUGAAGCAUCCUCGUCUUCCUCCAAGCGUCGUACUCCUGACUCUGUUGCGUCCACAUGCAGUGGGAGGGGAACUAAAAAGGAUCCAGUGGUUCCAUUUGGAAUCUUCCCUCAGGAUGAUGACAUUGACAAUCUGCCUCCCAUUCCUCGCAAGAGUGGCAAGACUUUCGAAGCAAAGACGAAGACUCUCUUCUGUGAACAGCCAAGUCAGUUGACUCGAGCGUCCAAGGAGUCCAGUGAUGACAGCAGCAAGGAUGACAGCAGCAUGAUCCACCUGCCAAAUGCGUCCCCUUCCAUGUCGUCUGUUUCUGUUGAUUCGGCUGCCCGUGAGCGACAGUUGGAGCUUGAAGCCAUCUUCGAAGCUGGUCGAAAAGAACGUGGAAGUGACAGUGAAGAGGACAAUGACCAUCAUGACUAG